UUCUCAGCAAACAACAAAUUCACCCGCCACUGCAACGCCAUGAAGGUUUUCAUCGCAUUGUUCGUCGUCGCUUGGACAGCGGCAACGCAAGCGUCCUAUCUGCCAGCUGCCGAACUUGGAUGGAACUCCUGGAACGACUGGAACGCCUGGGAUGACCACCACGGUGUUACUGGGUACCCGUACGCAAAAUCUUGGUCUUCAUCCUUGUAUCACGAUGACGGCUGGGAUGGCCAUCAUGAACACGGUAGCUCUUGGGGACUGCCGUGGGGAAGUUAUGGUGCAGGUUGGGGACAUUCCGGACUGGUUAAGAGCGUCGUUCCAGUGGGAAAGAAUAUUGCCGCCACUCCGGGAUCGCUACACGUUGCUCCGGUUCCGCUUGGGCCGGCGCAGGAGGUGAUUUCGCACUAGGGUAAAGAAGAGAGUCGAUGUGAUAGUGCGUUUAAUCUAACUUUAGAACCAAAUUAAACAUUGCGAAAAAUUUCAAAUUUUAUAUCACAAUAUGUUGGACAUUUGACUUAUAUUUCGGACGUAUACUAAUAUAUUUGACACUUAAGAUAUCUGACAUUUUGACAUUGACCUUUAUGCCAUAUUCGAAAUUUUGAUAUUAUUGACAUUUUUUACG